AUCCUCUUUCAAACCUUUCACUUCUUUUCUCCCUAUUAGACCCUUUCCAGUUUCGGUCUCUUUUAUUCCAUCGUCUUGUUACUCAUAUAAUCCCCCUCACCUCUUACUCCUCUGUGUAUCUCUCUCUCUCUCUCUCUCUCUCUCUCUCUCUCUGAGACUGAUCUGUUUAGAGAAGAAAUGAGUUCUACAAAAAGCAACGGAAGCAGCUUCGAACCGGGAGGCAACGGUUACAGCUCGAGCAAUGGCUACGCCCUGAGCGGGAAGAUAAUGUUGAGUGCAAUCGUUAUACUCUUCACGGUGAUAAUCGUCUUCGUCUGUCUCCACAUCUACGCACGUUGGUACCUUCUCCGGGCCCGUAGGCGCCACCGCGUACGGCGCGCCCGACGCCGCACUACCCACAUCGUAUUUUCCUUUGAUGCUUACGCCGCCCCUGCCAACAACGCCGUCGUCCCGUCCCGUGGCCUUGAUGAAUCUGUCCUCAAAUCCCUCCCAACUUUCGUCUAUUCCUCCGCCACUCACGGUGAUGGAGUGCUAGAAUGCGCCGUGUGCUUAUCGGAAUUCGAAGAAGACGAAAAGGGUCGUCUUCUCCCUAAAUGUAACCACAAUUUUCACAUUGACUGCAUCGAUAUGUGGUUCCAAUCCCACUCUACAUGCCCACUCUGCAGAACCCCUGUCAGUUCUGACAUUCCGGUGCAGGCUUCCCACAAUGAAAAUCCGGUUGAGGUUGCUGUUACGGUGGAUGAGUCGGAAUCGGGUCCGAGUUAUGGUCUUUGUCAGUCAUGCUGCCAUGACACAGAUGAAAUAGGUAGCUCCUCCUCUACUCCAUCCUCUUCGUCCUCUCAGCCUUCGUCGUCGUCUUCUUGUCCGGAAGCUUCUUCGUCGUUAAAAGCUCGGAGGAAGACAUUAGAUUCGGUUACUAUCUCGAUUGAGGUGCCAAGAAGGAACGAGAGUUUUAGAGGGUUGGUGGAGGAGGAAGAGCGCUGCUUGGGUUCGGCUGGAGGUCAGGGGUUGAAAUCUCCCGGAGGGCAGCAGAGUUCAAAGUCACCUGGAAGCCGAAUUCUGUCCUUGAAGAGGAUAUUGAGCAGAGAAAGGAAAGGCAGUCUCUCUCCUUCUUCGGCGAGUUACAGCGCUGCUGCAGAGAUCGAUCUUGAGAAUGGAGAAGACCAACGCGAUCAAGCUCAACCCAAGAGGUAACGAUAACUAUUUCAUGACCAGAAACGAACAACUGGAGGAACCAACGCUCCGCCGCCGACUGAUCGGAAAUAGUCUGUGAGUGACAGCGACUGGUACGGGACAGGUGGCGGCGAAGGAUGAGUUUUCAUCGAUACACAUUAAUGAUAUGGUAUUUCCUAGUUCCUUCGCGACUGUCGCCAUUGAUGAUUGACGAAAUACUGUAAAUUUAAAAUUUAUUUUCAGAUUAAUAGCAUUACAACUUUUAUUUUCUUGUUCA